UCCAGCCAGCGUCCUCUUCACUCCUCAUCAUACAACAACAACAAAUACACACAUACAUACAUACAUACAUACAUACACACACAAUGGCGUCUGAUAUGCAAUUCACAGACAAGGCUGCCACGAUCCUGCAGGAGUCUGCCAGGCUCGCGACCGAGUACAGUCAUCCGCAGCUGCAGCCGCUGCACUUCCUCGCCGCGAUGGCGAUGCCGGAGGCAGACGGGGGCCCGCCAUACCUCCGCGUGGUUGUCGAGAAGGCCCGUUAUGAAUGGGCGCCUCUUGAUCGACUGAUUAACAAACAUAUUGUGAGAAUCCCCGCACAGAGCCCUGCUCCAGAUCAAGUCCUUCCAUCCCCCACCGCCGCCAAGGUUCUGCAAGGCGCGAGCAAGGUCAGCAAAUCACAGAAAGACUCGUUCAUCGGGCAAGAUCACAUCCUGCUCGCGCUGCUGGAAGAUCGUUCGGUACAAGAUCUGCUCAAAGAAGCCAGCAUGCGGAGCGAAAACAUCAGCACGGCCGUGCAGAACCUGCGCGGCAACAAGCGCAUCGACUCGCGCACCGCUGAUACGUCAGAGGAGUUUGAGUUUUUGAAAAAGUACGCGGUUGACUUGACCGAGCUUGCGCGUCAGGGUAAGCUUGAUCCGGUGAUUGGUCGCGAAGAAGAGAUCCGUCGGUGCAUCCGAGUUCUCUCGCGCCGGAUGAAGUCCAACCCCUGUCUUCUCGGCGACCCAGGUGUGGGAAAGACCAGUGUUGUCGAGGGCGUCGCGCAGCGGAUUAUUGACGGCGACGUGCCGUCUGUGCUGGCGGGAUGCCGACUGAUGUCGCUCGAUCUCGGCGCGCUCAAGGCCGGCGCAAAGUACCAAGGCGACUUUGAGGAGCGUGUGAAGGGCGUGUUGAAGGAGAUUGAGGACGCGAAGGAGAUGAUUAUCUUGUUUGUGGACGAGAUCCACAUGCUGAUGGGCGACGGCAAGAGCGACGCCGCAAACUUGCUGAAACCCAUGCUUGCGCGCGGCAAGCUGCACUGCAUUGGCGCGACGACCGUCGAGGAGUACCGCAAGUACAUUGAGAAGGACGCCGCGUUCGAGCGUCGGUUCCAGAAGGUUGACGUGCGGGAGCCGACGAUCCGCGAGACGGUCGCGAUCCUGCGUGGGUUGCAGGGCAAGUACGAGCUGCAUCACGGCGUGCGUAUUCUCGACAACGCGCUCGUGACGGCGGCGCAGUUGGCGUCGCGGUACCUGACUUAUCGACGUCUGCCUGAUUCUGCGGUCGAUUUGAUUGACGAGGCGGCGGCGUCGGUUGCGGUUGCGCGUGAUUCGCGACCGGAGCAGUUGGAUACGCUUGAGCGACAGCUGCAGCUGGUGCAGGUCGAGAUCUCUGCUCUUGAGCGCGACACUUCCGACGCGGCCAAGACCGACAAGUCGACGAAUGACCGACUGCAGGCGGCGCGGCAGAAGGCUGCGAGCUUGGAAGAGGAGCUGACACCGUUGCGCGAGAGAUUCCAUAGCGAGCGCAAGGGACUCGAGGAGCUGAACAACUUGAGGAAGCGACUCGAGGAGCUCGAGUACAAGGCGCAGGAUGCGGAGCGUCGGCGGGAUACGGCGUCGGCAGCCGACCUGAGAUACUUUGCGAUCCCGGAUAUCAAGAAGCGGAUCGAGGCGCUCGAGAACGACAAGAAGACGUCGGACCAGGCGUUGCUCGAGGACCUUGUGACGCCGGAGAUUAUUUCGGAGACGGUUGCGCGGCUGACAGGAAUCCCGGUGAACAAGCUGACACAGGCGGAGAACGUGAAGCUGAUCAACAUGGAGCGCGAGCUUGCUCGACAGGUUGUGGGCCAGACGGAGGCGGUGAAGGCGGUGUCGAACGCGAUCCGGCUUUCACGCGCGGGGCUGUCUAAUCCGAAUGCUCCCAGCAGUUUUAUGUUUUUGGGACUGUCGGGGUCGGGCAAGACGGAGCUGGCGAAGAAGCUCGCGGGAUUCUUGUUUGCGGACGAGAAGGCGAUGAUCCGGAUUGAUUGCUCGGAGCUGGGCGACAAGUGGUCGGCAUCGAAGCUGCUGGGCGCCGCGCCGGGAUACGUCGGAUAUGAGGAAGGUGGAAUCCUGACGGAGGCACUGCUGCGUCGGCCGUACUCUGUGCUGCUGUUUGACGAGGUCGAGAAGGCGGCGCCGGAGGUGUUGACGGUGCUGUUGCAGCUGCUGGACGAUGGUAUUAUCCACUCGUCGUCGGGCAAGCUUGUGAAUGCGGCGAACUGCAUCGUGAUUAUGACGUCGAACCUGGGGGCGGAGUACAUUCAGCAGACGUCGAGCUCGCAUAUCGACGAGGUGACCAAGUCGCAUGUGAUGGAGGCGGUGCGGGCGCACUUCCGACCGGAGUUUCUGAACCGGAUAUCGUCGAUGGUUGUGUUCAACCGGCUGUCGAAGAAGAACAUCAAGAAGAUUGUGGAGUUGCGGAUCAAGGAGAUUGGCAAGCGGAUGGAGGCCAAUAAUAAGAACAUCACAAUCACGGUCGACGAGGCGGCGAAGGACUACCUGUGCGAGCACGGAUAUUCAAGAGACCUGGGCGCGCGGCCGCUGAACCGGUUGAUUCAGAACGAGAUCCUGAAUAAGCUGGCGGUGUUGAUUCUGCGGAACCAGGUGCGGGAUAACGAGGAGGCGAAAGUGAGGUUGUCGGAGGCGGGCGAUGGGCUGAAGGUGUUGCCUAACCACGAGCAGGACAUAGAUAUGGAGCCGAUGGAGAUUGACAGUGAAGACGAGGAUCUGAUGGAUGAGGAUGUUGAGUGAGAGUGAGAUAGUUGAUAGGAGUUGAUAAUAAGAGGUUGUUAAUAAUAGUAUUGCUUAUUGCUCAUUCAAU